AUGUCGAACCCGGCGGUCGCGAAGCUGGUCGCGGUGACCGCUUCGCUGAUUGCUUUGAUCACGCUCUUCGCCUCUGUCCGGUUCUUCGUUCGCAGCGUUCUGUUGCGGAGCGUGGAUUGGGACGAUGUCCUGGUUUUCCUCAGCUACUCCCUGACCAUUGUGCUUUGCAGCUGCGUAUUAGCCAUGACCAACUUUGGCUUCGGAACCCCAGUUGACGAUGUCUCUGACGACGAUCUCCGCCAGUUCCUCAAGGCAAGUAAUCUCCAAUUCGUCACGAAGCUGGCCUACGUGUGGGGCUUCGUUACGGUUAAGAUGUCGUUCGCGGUACUCUACCUUCGAUUGCUUCCCGGCCACGUCUCCCGACGCAUCAACCAGGUGCUCCUUGCCGUGUUGGCGGCCGAGGGCGUCGAAGCGACCAUGGUCGUUGUCUUCCACUGUAAGCCCAUGGACAAGGCAUGGAACAUUCAGAAGGAAGGCACUUGUCUCAACUUGAAGCUCUUUUACUACGUUUCGUUCGCUAUCAAGUUCGUCACCGACGUCUGCCUCUUCAUCCAGCCCAUCCCGGCCGUCUGGAAGCUUCAACUGUCGAAGGUGAAGAGGCUCGGUGCGAUCCUGAUGCUUUCGAUUGGUUUGUUUGUCUCUAUCAUUGCGAUCAUUCGAGUGACCUACAUCGGUCAGCUUAGGACCGAUGUGACCAAGGACCUCGUGGACCCGAUGAUCUGGUCCCAAGUCGAAGUGUGCGCCCUCCUCGUCUGCGCGUCGAUUCCUUCUCUCAGACCAUUCCUCCGAUGCUUCCCUGCCGUCAGCAAAGCUCUGGGCCUUUCAUCAGGCAAGGACUCGAGAACACCUUCCAACAUCGGACGAUCCCCUCGCGGGCUAUCGCUACCCUUAAUGAGAUGGAGCAAACCGAAACAAUCGCAUGUACAAUCAAACAAGUCUACUAAAAUAAGCGUGAGCUGUAACGUUACCGCCUCCGGUCCUGGGAGCGACCAUGGCAGCACAGAAGAGAUCUUCCCUCAACGGCACGGCGGCCCAAGCAGCAUUGUCGUCACACACGAUGUCGAAGUCGGCGUUGAGAGAGUCGAUACUGGCGAGAGGUUGAGCAACGACCAGGGGCAGAUUGAGGCGGUUGAGGAUCGGUCGCUCGAUCAUAUCUCGCGAUCCGGGAGUCCUGUCCGGCCGAAGGAGGAUUGGAGCUGGGUUGCUCUGGAACGUUGA